AUGAAUACCUUCUUGAUCUCGCUGGUGGCAUUUCUUUCUUUUUCAACAUGGUAUUUAUCUCCUCUCCCACGCAAUUAUCUUGCAGCACGAAAAUCCGGACUUCCUAUCAGAUUCGGUCUGUGGGGUUCAGCAAAUCCCUUAUGGCUCCUUAUUUGUACUCUCCUGGGUUAUUCUACCCUUUCCAAGAUUUUACCUCGAAUUAUAUUUGAUCGAGUUAAGAUCACAAUUCCCGCCUGGGAACAUUAUUGCAAGUAUUUUGUGCAUGAGAAAUGGGGUACUUCGUUCAUUCUUGUUUCGCCUGCGGGAAACACUAUCUUUAUCGGAGACCCCGAAGUAGCUGAGGAGGUCUUAACCAGAAGGAAAGACUUUGGAAAAAUUGAAAUUGCUCUCCAGAUAAUGGAGGUUUUCGGACCAAAUAUUAGUGCUUCCGAAAAUGAAAACUGGCAACGGCAUCGAAGAAUUGUCGCACCUGCCCUGAAUGAACGAGUCAUGAAUGCAGUUUGGAAUGAAUCGUUGACACAGACGCAAGAUAUGCUUUCUGCAUUGUCAAAUCCCUCUACGAUUCAUGGGUCACGCUCGACCAAUGCCACAUUUGAAGGCUUGAGGACCAUUACAAUUAAUGUCAUUGGAUUCAUUUGCUUCGGCACUCAUCGAUCAUGGGGUGAAGCCGCGAGUGCGGAAACACAUGCAGGGUUUCAAACAACUUUUAUGAGCUCUGUCUUGACUAUCGUAGACAAUUUAUUUGCUACCGUCUUCAUACCUGCAAAAUGUCUAACUUUACCAUUUAUGCCAAAUGCUGUCAAGAAGAUAGGUAUUGCGAAAAAUGAAUUUCCGCGUCACUUGAACCAAAGUAUAGCUGAAGAAAGACGUUUACCAAGAUCUCGCAGUUCUCUUAUAACCUCCUUGGUAAAGAUUGCCGAUCAGGAUACGAAAUCUCGAUCCUCAAAGACCUCCACAUACUUGACUGAAGAAGAAAUUACUGGGAACUUAUUCGCCAUGACCAUUGGAGGAUUUGAUACUACCGCAAAUACGCUUGCAUACUCCAUUAUGUGCCUAACACUUCAUCCAGAAUGGCAAGACUGGAUCUUCAGCGAGAUCGAUAAAGUCCAAGAGUUACACCCCGACGCUGAAUAUUCAACCACCUUUCCUCUUCUGACGCGUUCUCUAGCAAUAAUGUACGAAACGCUCCGUCUCUACACACUAGUCCCUACCAUAGUCCGCAAAACACCCCAAGCCCAAACCAUCAAAAACAUUAACUUCGCUCCCGAAACAUCCGUCCACCUCAAUACCUCUGCAAUCCACACUUUGCCCUCAAUCUGGGGACCCGAUUCUCUCGAUUUUCGACCCUCGCGCUGGCUCGAAAUGACCUCUUCUUCGGGAACGGAAACAGAAACGGAAACUCUUCGCGAUCCUCCCAAAGGCACCUUUCUCGCCUGGUCCCACGGACCCCGCUAUUGCCCCGGUAUGAAAAUGUCACAGGUGGAGUUUGUAGGAGUGCUGUAUGAAAUCUUUCGGAAGUGGAAGGUGCAGAUUGUGAGACGGAAUGGGGAGACGCAAGAGGAUGCGAGGAGGAGGUUGGUGGGGAUUUUGGAGGAUAGUUCGCCGAAAUUGACGUUGCAGGUUAAUAGGCCACAGGAUGUGGUUUUUGAUUGGGUGCUGAGAGCUUAG